AUUAUUUUGUGUUUUACAUACUAGUGAAUAUAAUAGAAUUAGUGCAUGUGAUUCUGCUAAGGAAAUGUGGGAUACAUUACAAGUGGCUCAUGAAGGAACUAAUGAAGUCAAGAAAUCAAAAAUUAACAUCUUGGUUCAAAAAUACAAGGCUUUCAAAAUGAAAUUAGAUGAAGAUAUUAAAGACAUGUUUACUUGCUUUACCAAAAUCACUAAUGAAUUAAAGCUUUUUGAUUGGGUGCUUCCUACGGAAGAUAAGGUCAAAAAGAUUCUCCGCUUCUUGCCAAAAUCCUGGAGCUCAAUCAAGACGACAAUAGAAGAAGCUGAUGAUUUAAGUGCCAUGACUGUUGAGAUGCUGCAAGGGAAGCUCCUUACACAUGAAAUGGCCAUGAAAAAUGAUGAAAGUGAUGAUGAUUCUCAGAAGAAGAAAUCUGUAGCCUUCAAAAGCUCCUCCAAAGAUGAAAGUGAUAGUGAUGAAGAGAUUCCUCAAGAAAGAUAGGCUGAAGAAUCAAGGACAGCAAAAGAAAAACUACAAAAACAGUAAAGGAAAGGGAGAAAGCAAUAAAAAGGAUGAGAUUAU